AUGGAAGAAGUUGCUGAAGUCUAUCUCAAUGAGCUUAUUAAUAGAAGUUUGAUCCAAGUGGCAGAGAUAGAUAGUAUUGGAAGGCUUAGAGAUUUUCGAAUCCAUGACCUUUUCCGUGAAGUAAUUACUUCAAAGUUGAGAGAACAAAACAUUGCUGCCAAAGUAAGCAAAGGAAGCACAACAUGUCGGGAAAAAGUUCGCCGCCUAUUAAUUAAGUAUAGCUUGGGGAACUUGCAGCAUACAAAUCGUUUUCCUCAACUCCGUUCCUUGCUCAUGUUUUCGGUGGAAGAACCUAUAUCCAAGUUGAUGCCUAUAUUAUUCAAUGGUGGGGUUAGGUUGUUAAAGGUUUUGGACCUGAGGGGUGCUUCUUUGAAGAUACUUCCAAAUGAAGUUGGCAAACUAUUUCAUCUCAGGUAUUUAAGCUUGAGGAGUACAGAGGUUGAAACGCUUCCGAAAUCCAUAGGUAAGCUUGAAAACCUUGAAACUUUGGAUCUCAAACGCACCCAUGUAAUUGAGUUGCCUGUUCAGAUCUUAAAGCUCCAGCGUCUUCGUCAUCUCUUGGUGUACAACCCCGUCCACCAUAUUGACAAUGGCUUUAAAGCGAUGGUGGGAAUAGGAGGAUUGUCUUCCUUACAAAAACUUUGUUAUAUUCAAGUGAACCAUGAGAAUGGUGGAAUUGUAAUGGGAGAGCUAGGGAGACUGACCCAGCUGAGGAGAUUGGGGAUUAGGGACUUGAGAAGGGAGGAUGGGAAGGCUUUGUGCUUCUCUCUUGAAAAGCUGAGUGACCUUCAAUCAUUGAACGUAGCUUCUGUAGAAUGGAGGAAUGGGAUUGUUGAUAUUCAACACUUGUCUUCUCCUCCUCGAUCUCUUCAACGGCUCUAUUUGUGGGGAGGUUUAGAAAAUUUUCCGCAUUGGAUAACUUCUUUUCAUAACCUGGUGAAAUUGUGGCUUCGGUAUAGCAAGUUAAGGGAUGAUCCAUUGCAAUCCCUUCAAGAUUUGCCCAAUCUGAUAGAAAUUGGACUUGUUGAUGCUUACCAAGGGGAGGAACUGUGUACCAAAGCGACAGGGUUUCAGAAGCUUAAGACAUUAGAGCUUCAACGUUUAGAAAGAUUGAGGUGGUUGAGAAUGGAGAAGGGAUCAUUGCCUCAUCUUGAAAAGCUGAUUAUUUGGAACUGUGAGUUGUUGGGAGAGGUACCCACUGGCUUUCAACAUCUAACCAACCAUAGACCUCGAUGGGUCCUUUAG